GCGUCUUUUCUGCUGCCCACGUUCCCCAACGCCACGGACACCAGUGGGCGCCCUCGCGCUGGGCUCCUCGUCCUGCUACCUUGUCCUCUUCUUUCCACCAGCUUGCUUUUGGUUGCUCCAAUGCCACUACGAGCUAAACCAUGGGGAAAGGGAAAGGGCGAGAUUCUAGCGACGCUACAGUAUUGUACUGCUCCUGAGGGAGCGAGCAAACACGCUGUUGUGGAGCAGGUGAGUUGUUCUUGGUCGGGGAGGACCAGGUGAAAACGGCCGCCCACCGGAUUGGUCUGUCCACUGGUGUUUGAGGUCCCAGGCUUCCUCCUUUUUCUUGGUGCUGUUCGUUGGUGCUCGGCGAUUCCAGUCUCCAUUGGGAUUGACCUGCUGGUGGUUCUUGAUUCCUCCAGGAAAGAUUUCAGGUCGAACACGCGUGCUUUUGGUAGGGGAAUCUUGAGAUAUCUAUUGCAAAGAUGAGAUCUUGAUGGAUCAGUUCCACUACUGCUCCAGUCUCUGGAGGAAGCAUACGUUCUGAAUCCAAAUGUGGAAACUAGUCUUCUGGGCAAUAGGGCAGGUGUGCACGUAGUGUUCGUCGAAAAGCCGCAAAAAAGGGAUUGCAGCUUGCAACCAUCACCAUCGUCAAAAUGAGGGAUUUCGCAUCUUGCCUCAGUCAAAGCAGUGUUCAAGUUGCACAUUCCUCUUCUUCAGGUGGCCAGAACAUGGUGCAGUGCGCCUACCUGGCCCGUCUGUUCGGCAAGCCUUGCAGGGUUACUGUCACUUGGAGCAAGGUGGCCAUGGGGCAGGCUCUGGCCAUCUCAAUUGACGAUUACUCGAACCGUUGCCUCUGCAAGACAGAGGUGAAGCCAUGGCUGUUCUCCAAGAGGAAGGGCUCCAAGGUCAUGGAGGUGGACGGUGGCAAUCUGGAGAUCAUCUGGGACCUGUCCUCCGCCAAGUUUACAGCUGGGCCGGAGCCCCUUGAAGGUUUCUAUGUUGCUCUGGUCUAUGAUCGUGAAACUGUCCUUGUGCUCGGUGACAUGCGCAAGGAGGUGGAUCACCGGGUCUCGUCGGAUGAUUUACAUUCUAGUGCAGUCAUGAUAGCCAGGAAGGAGCACAUUUAUGCGAAGAAGGUGUAUUCGGCGAAGGCUCGGUUUUUGGACAUUGGUCAGCUGCAUCAGAUUGCCAUAGAGUGCGACACGGCAGGGGUGAGGGAUCCUAGCCUAGAAAUCAGGAUUGGCAAGAAGAGAGUGUUGCAGGUGAAGAGACUGGCAUGGAAGUUCAGAGGGAACCAGACGAUCUAUGUUGAUGGACUUCCAGUGGAGGUGCUUUGGGAUGUGCACGACUGGCUAUAUGGCUCGUCGAAUGGAUGUGCUGUGUUUUUGUUUCAGUCGGGCCAAUCAAUGGAAAAAUUCUUGUUGAGAACAUGCUCACAGAAUGAAAAAGAGGCUCAAGCACAUCGUUUUGGUUUCACUUUGAUUCUUCAUGCGUGGAAGAUUUGAGUAGGCACUUGGCAGAAACAUGAUAGCAGGGUUUACUCACCAACUCUACUCUGAAUUGAUGAAUAGUAACAGUAGGAAUAUAGGGUCUAGCGAAGUAGCAAAUGUAACAAAAUUCUGUGC